UUGCAGGUAGAAAAUUGCCGGCCACUCUGUCUUUUGUUGGCAGCCAAAUCAAAGAUGGAGGCCGUGAGAUAAACACUGCGUGUGUCGGAGACAGUCGGGACGAACAUGGCGAUUUCAGAAGGUCGUAGGAAGACGAGGACAGCUUCGUAGAAGGAACAGUAAGCCAAGCGGACAUGAAGGACGCCCAGCGACUUGCUGAGGUAGUGCAGAAGCACCGUGAUCUGCUGGUGGCUGAGCUGGAGCUGACCAAGGUGCUGCAGGAGCUGAAGGGACACGAGCUGCUCACCAAACGGGCUCUCAGGAACAUAGAGAGCGCCGCGUCCCGACAGCGUCAGAAUGAGGCGUUCCUCCAGGCCCUGUUGGAGGCGGGGCCGGGCGCCUUCCAGACGUUUUGUGACGCGCUGGUGCGGACCAAUCAGAGCCGGCUGGAGGGCGUGCUGAGGGCGGAGUCACCCGCGGAGUCACCCGGCAGCCUGACCAACGGGGUGGACUCACACGGAGGUUCAGAAGACGAGAAAGCUCGCACGCCUGAGUCCCUAGACGAGGCAGAGUACAGCUCAGCUAGAAGGCGUUCGUCAACUGCGAGUGACUCCAGCGGCAGAUACCAGUCCAUCCAAAUCCCGCGAGAUCUCAGCGACCUGACCGGAAGUACGUCAUCGUCGCUCCAGAUCACGCCCAUCGAUGAGGUUUACUUGGAGCAGUCUGAGGACGGAUCAAUCACUCCCUCUAGCGGACGCAGGUCGGUUUUCAGCGAGAAUGAGGUCCUCAGGCGAGAUAAUCUGGAACUGCAGCGGCAGCGGGACCUGUUAAACCGGGAGAUCCAGCGGUUAAUGGACGAAAACCGGCGGAUCAAGGAAGACCGGGACGGAAUCAGGCGGGAAAAAGACAAGUUUUGUUCAAAGGAGUACGACGCCGUAGAGAAGCUGAGAGAGCUGAAGGACACGUACCAGCAGCUGAAGGAAACAUAUGACACGCUGCGCCGGAAACAGAACAACGUGGAGUUCAAGGCCAGGAAAAACGGCAAGGUUAACAACGAACUGCGGCGGAAGCUGGCUAAGCUGGAAGCGAAGUUUAAGGAGAUGGUCCGUGACGCGGCGGACCGAGGCGUGCAGACCGACCACAGCGAGCACGACGUGUUCGAGCAGAUCAAACGGGCGGAGAGGAGACUACGGGACUCUUUGGACCAGCAGAGCCGACUGGAGACGCAGAUGAAGGAGUCUGAAGCUGAGAAGGAGAAGUUCCGGCAGACAGGGAACGCCAAACACCGCGAGCUGCUCAAGGCAGAGAGGAAAACCAAACGGCAGGACGACAUCAUCCGGGCACUUACACGGGAGAAAACAGAGAUGGAGGACAGACUCAAGAGAAUGGCGGCGCAGGUGGAGUAUUACAGAAAUGAGUGCAAAAAACAGAAGGACAAGUCCAUCAUGCGCCAUGACAGCCAUUCCAGGAUGAUCUUCACAGAGGCCAGUGGGAUAAAGUUCCACCAGGACACGAACCGGUCCGUACUGAAGCCCAGUAACUGGCACGCCUCGCACUCAGGGCCACACAAAUCAUCCACGCAUGCGCACGGACAUGCGCACUCCGCUCCUGCCCAUGGCCACACGACUACAAACUCUCCUCCAACUCAACCUACGGACCCUGGCGCAGAGCCUUCUGGGAAGGGUAGUACCUCAGCGGCGGAAUCAGACGACAAAAACAAAUCACCGUCCGCAAAGAAGUCGGUUCGAUUUUCGGAGCACAAUGAAACAUUUCACAUAGACACCCCUCAGUCUUCUCCACAAGUCACUCCUAAGCAUCCAGGAGAAGCAACUACUGGUGUCAAACCUUCGGUAUCUGCUGGACAACCCAAACUGAGCCACAGUAACUCUUUCUCUAAACCAGCGGUCGCGAGUUCGAAUCCGUACGGGAGACCAGCGACGGCGACUCAGAGCGGUCAUUCCUCUGUAAGUCCGCCAGGGGGAGUUGGUGGAUUGAACGGUAUCGGUUCAGCGAAACCGGCUACACCUGGACCAGGAAAUCCUUAUGGAAAAUCAGCAUCAGCCGGCACCACGCCUCGAACAAAAAUGUUUAGUAAACCGGCGUCGGCGAGUACUAUACCUGUAAAAGGGACGAGUCGUCUAGCAUCGAAAUCACCAACAGUGACCUCUAGCGGUUACGGACAGAACCGACCGUCCACGGCUGCUUCAAAUGGCGGAACGCCAAAACCUUCCAGCGCUAAAAACGUUUCUUCCAUUCAAAACAGGAAAGGCAACGGGUGAUGGAAAUGGGACAGUACUAGAUUCUUGCUUUUAAUGUAUUGAACUAUUGAAUUUCCACCGAAUACGUGCAAGAA